AUGUCAGCUCAGAAAGAUAACUCAGGUCCAGACUGGCCAUCCUCAUCGACCUCGUCGGACAACGAAAAGGGCAAUGAUACCGAUAUCUCACAACCCGAGAGCGAAUCCACUCCAACAUCGCCGGCGGUCGAGUUCGAUAACCCUAAAGGAUGGAUAGCUGUGGCAGCCGCAGCAUGUUCUCUUUUUGUUUACCUCGGGGUGAUCUACUCAUGGGGCAUUAUGCAAGUCAGACUUGUCGAAGUAACUGGAACAAACCUAACAACCUUGACCUUCGUCGGAUCGCUUGCAACAUCCUUCAUGAUAUCACUGAGUAUCCUCUCUGGUAUUGCCGUUCGAAAGCUUGGCUACCAGAAGACUGCUCUAGCUGGUGGCGUCUUGAUGGGCCUGGGUGAAUUUCUAGCCAGUUGGACGACAAAGCAUGUUGGGGCUCUUUUUGUCUUCCACGGUGUGAUCUUUGGCAUUGGAGGAGGACUAUCUAUCUUUGCAUGCUCGACUGCUCCCCUGAGGUGGUUCAAGAGACACCGUGGCCUGGCUAUGGGUAUCGUGUUUGGAGGAGGUAGCCUUGGUGCAGCUGUCAUGAGCAUUGCGACGAACCUUCUCGUGAAACAAGUCGAUGUCGCUUGGACAUUUCGCAUUCUAGGCUUCAUGCUCUGGGGUGUCUGUAUUCCAGCUUCAUACUUCAUUCAACAGCCCGAGGGAUCCAUGAGUGCCGGCUUGAAGCUUCAGUGGCAUCGCUUCCGGGAACCUCGGUUUCUCCUUAUUAUCGCCGGGACAGCUUUGUCAUGUUUUCCCUUAUUUAUUCCUCCAUACUUCAUUCCCAUCUUCACCCGAUCCAUGGGCUACUCCAAUCAGAUUGCGAUUAUCAUACUGGCGGCUUGGAACUUGGCUUCCACUGUUGGUCGGGUCCUCGGGGGCUAUACCGCAGACCACUUACUUGGCCCUUUGAACAGCUUGAUUGUCUGUCUUCUGUUUAUUGGUCUCAGCUCACUCGUCGUGUGGCCAUUAGCAUCUUCGGUUGGGAUCUUCUCUAUCUUUCUCGUCUUCAACGGCAUUGGCUGUGGAGCGUUCUUUAGUCUGGUUCCUCCCAUGCUCGGCUCUACAAUGGGACCAGAGAAUACUCUUGGCAUUUUGCCUAUUGUUUGGACUACUUGGUUCUGCGGAUUCUUCUUCGGCACACCUAUUGCUUCGGGAAUCUACUCGCUUGCCGGGGAUAACAAUGACAGUCUUUCGGUGUUCAGGCCUGCUGCUUAUUAUGCUGGUGCUCACCAACUCGAUAGACUCGAUAUCGCAAAGCUCACAGCUUUCCUGGUGGCAAAUUCCACGGGCACCGGCGUUCUUAUUUGCCCUGGUGGCGGCUAUAGCCAUGUCUCUAUUGUCAAGGAAGGCUACAAGCCGGCGGCAUACCUCAAUGAACUUGGUAUCGAUGCGUGGGUUCUCGAUUAUACCACGACUCUUAAUGCCACUGCACCCAUCUAUCCCAAACCCGAGAAUGAGGUCUUUGCUGCUCUCAAGAAGAUACGCCACGAAAACCCCAAGAUAGACAAGCUUGGUAUUUGGGGCUUCUCAGCAGGCGGUCACCUUGCAUCCACAACCCUCACCAACCCCAACGCUGGCCUGGAUUUCGGCAUUCUCGCGUAUCCUGUUAUUACCUUAGAAGGCAACUAUACGCAUGCCGGCUCUCGCGACAAUCUCGUCGGGCCUAACGCGACAGCCGAGGAAUUGCACGAUUUAUCAGCGCAGAACUUGGUCUCUGACACAACGCCUCCGACGUUUUUGUUCCAUACCUUCGACGACCAAGCGGUUCCGGUGCAAAACACUCUCAUGUUUGCUGAAGCCAUGGCAGCUCAUAAGAGAAAGGCUCAGGUUUUGAUUCUACCAGAUGGUCCCCACGGUCUCGGGUUGGCUCUUGAUGACCCUCCGAGAUUAGCGAAGCGCAGUAGUACUACACAGAGGCCCAUAGUUGCAGUAAAGUGA